AUGAUAGCAAGAGCAAAAUCAGUUGCAAAUGCACUCCCUCAUCAAGUCUACCUUACAACAAGUCCAAAUGUAGUUGAAUCUAAACCCUCUACAGUAGCUGAAGCAUUUGUCAGUUCUGUUUGGAAAACAACUAUGCAAGCUGAAUUUGAUGCACUUGUGCAUAACAACACUUGGUCACUUGUCCCUUCCAAACCUGAUAUGAACAUUGUAGGGAAUAAGUGGGUGUUUAGAACCAAAUAUAAUGCAGAUGCAGAUGGCACAUUGCAAAAGUAUAAAGCAAGAUUGGUAGCUAAGGGUUUUCAACAAACACCCGGUCUAGAUUAUUUUGAGACUUUUAGUCCGGUGAUUAAACCAUCUACCAUUCGAAUUGUACUUACCUUGGUAGUAACCAAUUCUGGGAUGUUCAACAAAUUGAUGUGA